CUGCAUCAUAGACAAAGCGUCUUUUUUACUUCCGAAUACUUCCACGCCCGGCGGCAGCUUGUGCUCUCCUGAAAAAAAUAUUUAUUUUGUAAUUUAAUGAUAAUUACUUAAAAAUGGACACAAGAAAGCUGACUGAAAUUUUGCGUGGAACUAUCGAUCCCAACCAGAGGCAGCAGGCUGAAGAACAACUUGCGCAGAUUCAUAAAAUCAUUGGCUUUGCACCAUCCUUGCUUCAAGUGGUUAUGCAAAAUGAUGUACCAAUACCAGUACGUCAAGCUGGUGCAGUUUACCUCAAGAACCUCAUCACAUCAGGCUGGCAGGAGAAGGAACCUGAGGAAGGAGAGCCUAUACCAUUCAGCAUUCAUGAACAGGACCGUGCCAUGAUCAGAGACAUCAUUGUAGACGCCAUUGUGCAAGCUCCAGACAUAAUAAGAGUUCAGUUGUGUGUCUGUCUGAAAACCAUCAUCAAACAUGACUUCCCAACACGCUGGACACAGAUUGUUGAUAAAAUUCACAUAUACUUGCAAAACCCUGAGCCUAACAGUUGGAUGGGAGCUCUCCUGUGCCUUUACCAACUCAUCAAGAACUAUGAAUACCGUGUUACGGAGAAGAGACUACCUCUAAUAGAGGCAAUGAACCUGUUGCUGCCAAUGAUGUACAAUUUGAUCGUGAAUCUCCAAUCUGACCCUUCAAUUAAGUCUGUUCUUAUACAAAAGCAAAUUCUGAAAUGUUUCUACGGCCUUGUUAAGUAUAUUCUGCCACUUGACCUCAUUACAAAAGAAAUUUUCACAAAAUGGAUGGAAGUGCUUCGCUCUGUGAUGGAACAGCCUGUCCCAGAAAGUACCCUGCAAGUGGAUGAAGAUGAACGCAUGGAGUUGCCUUGGUGGAAGUGCAAAAAGUGGGCCGUCCACACUUUGUACAGACUCUUUGAACGGUAUGGAAGUCCAGUCAAUGCCUGUGAAGAGUAUGUCCAAUUUGCUGAGUGGUAUCUCACUACAUUCACUGGUGGCAUUCUUGAAGUUCUCCUGAGGAUACUGGACCAAUACCGCAACAAGGUGUACAUAUCUCCAAGAGUUCUGCAACAGACCCUGAGCUACAUUGAUCAGUGUGUGAGCCACGCCCACUCGUGGAAGCUCCUGAAGCCCCACAUGUUCGCCAUCAUCCAGGACGUGCUCUUCCCGCUCAUGUCCUACUCCGAGUCAGACGAAGAGCUGUGGGAGACAGACCCACACGAAUACAUACGGAUAAAAUUCGAUAUUUUCGAAGAUUUUGUGUCGCCUGUGACCGCCGCACAGACACUUCUUUUAUCGUGUUGCAAAAAGCGCAAAGACAUGCUUGGACGCACGAUGCACUUGUGUAUGGAAGUACUGACAAGUCGAAAUCGCGAAUACGAACCAAGACAGCGCGAUGGUGCAUUACAUAUGGUAGGCACAUUGAACGAUAUACUCAUCAAGAAAAAGUUAUACAAAGAUGAGAUCGACUCCCUUCUCAGUCAAUACGUAUUCCCUGAGUUCAACAGCCCUCUUGGGUUCAUGAGAGCCAGAGCUUGCUGGGUCCUCCACAGUUUCGCUAGCGUGCGCUUCAAGAAUGACCAACUGCUUCUCGAAGCCGUUCAUUUGACGGUCUCUGCUCUUCUCAACGACAAAGACUUACCUGUGAAGGUUGAAGCGGCUAUCGCCAUUCAGAUGCUAUUGUCCUCGCAAGAGAAAGUUCACAAAUUCUUGGAGCCUCAAGUGAAGCCCGUAACAACGGAACUUCUUAAAAUUAUUCGCGAGACUGAGAACGACAACAUAGCUAAUGUGCUGCAGAAGAUUGUACCUCUAUACACUGAGCAGCUAAUGCCAAUGGCUUACGAAAUCACCGAUCACCUGGCGACCACAUUCAGCAAGGUUAUUGAGACAGACUCUGGAACUGACGAGAAAGCUAUCACGGCAAUGGGUCUGCUCAAUACCAUGGAGACAGUUUUGAACGUUAUGGAGGACAACCCUGAGAUUAUGGCUCAGCUAGAAAAGACGGUAUUGCGCGUCGUGGGUCACAUUCUGCAUCACAAUAUCAUUGAGUAUUACGAGGAAGCCAUGACGCUGCUGUGCAACCUCACCGCUAAGACUAUUUCGGAGGACAUGUGGAAGGUUCUAGAAAUGCUCUACCAAGUGUUCGAGAAAGAAGGCUUUGAUUACUUCACGGACAUGAUGCCGGUGCUCCACAACUACAUCACUGUCGAUACAAACGCAUUCCUCUCCAAUGAAAACCAUAUCCUUGCUAUGUUCAACAUGGCUAAAGCAGUGUUGAAUUCAGACGCUGAAGACGACUCCGAAAUCUAUGCUGCAAAGCUUCUAGAAGUUAUGGUGCUGCAGUGUUCCGGCAAGAUUGACAACUGUCUGCCAUCCUUUGUAGAACUGGUGCUUAACAGGCUCACUAGGAAGGUCAAGACUUCCGAGCUUAGGACUAUGCUUUUGCAGGUUCUAAUAGCCAUACUGUACUGCAAUCCACACCUCCUGUUCUCUAUUCUUGACAAAUUGCAAGAAGCUGUGCCUAAUGCAUCCAUCACGCAGCACUUCAUUAAGCAAUGGAUUCACGAUACAGACUGCUUUUUGGGGCUGCACGAUAGAAAACUGUGUGUCCUCGGCAUCUGUACGCUGCUAGAGAUGGGGCCACAGCGGCCCAACCUAGAAGAGAUCUUGCCGAAGUUGCUGCCAUCCUGCCUGGUGCUGUUCGACGGCCUGAAGCGCGCCUACGAGGCGAGGGCUGAAGCUGAUGAGGAGACGUCCUCUGAAGAAGAUGAGGAGGAUGAAGACGAAGAGGUGCUAUCCAGCGAUGAGGACGAUUUAGAAGAAAUGAAUAACGAUUAUUUAGAAAACUUGGCCAGAAUGGCGCUCAAGAACAGUGAGGCGCAAGGUGUCAAUAUGACCGCUAAGAUCGAAGAUUACGAUGAAAGUGAUGAUCAUUCAAGAAUCCUGGGAUUGGCUGAAACGACUAGACCAUUAUGGCAGGAUGACGAUGACGAUUACGACGCGGAGGACACGGCGAUAGAAUGUUACACGACGCCCCUUGACGAGAAGGACUGCGUUGUAGACGAGUACAUCAAAUUCAAGAACACGCUCCACGCUAUAUCCGCGAGCGAGCCAGCGUUGUACCACGCUUUGACGAGUACUCUAAACGAGGCACAACAGAAGCAGUUGAGUGCUGUGUUUGUAUUGGCUGACCAGCGCAAGGCGCAACAAGACAGCAAGCGUAUCGAGCAGAGUGGAGGCUACAUGUUCACCGUGCCAGCGCAAGUACCGACCAAAUUCAAAUUCGGAUCGUAAGCGUAUCACAUGAAACAGUUAUCGUUACUCUAUGUUUAUCACACUCGUUGAAUAUAUGUCUUCUUCGUUUUGCCGCUUACGCUGAGCCCGUCACAAUACGUUGGGUUUAAAUUGUUCGUUAUACGUUUUAGCAUAGCAUAUCGACACUUCACAACAGCUCGACUCGAAAACGCCAGUUUUUAAAUAAGAAUAAGCCGUUUUUGACGUCAAGAUAACACUAUUAACGCCGGUAUACUUAAAACCAAUUGUAAAGCACGGCUUUAAAUUUCCCAGUGAGGCUAAAAGCUAGUUUUCUUAGCUAUCGCAGGCCGUUGUGGAUUGUCUAGCCUGAGACCUAAACUCAAGAGGAUCAUAUAUUCAAUGUGUGCAUAUUUUUAAUAGUCUAUUUCAUAAAUGUGACACAUUAAAACAAUUGUCCUAAAUAGUUACAACAUGAUUAAUUAGGGAAAUAGGAUUAAUGUCAGUUUAGAAGGCCUGAUCAUAAUUUAAAUAGAUUCAUGACGUUGUAACUAUUUAGUCGUAUGAGUACUGAUAUUGUUCUUCGUACAUAGUGAACAAUUUACAUUACAAUGUUUUUUUUUUCUUUGAUUUUAAUAGGUUAAUUAAUUGCCGCGUGUGAUCAUGAUUUAGUUUUUGAAGCCGGUAUUCUGUUGUAUCCGCUUUUUACCGAGGAAGAUGCAAUAUAUCUUUACAACUUAUAAAUAUGAAUUUACAAUAUCAGUGUUUCAUGAUUGAUGUUGAAGUGAAGGAAUCUAGACUGCAUACAAGUGUCUCAGUUCUUAGACGCUCCACGCGUUGUCGAUGUAUCGGGAACUUAUAUACACAUGUAAUAUAUUCAGUUUUAAAUAUAUGUUCGUAGGUGGGUUCCGUAUUUGUUUACUUGUUAGCAAAAUGUUGAUGUAUCGGAGGUUUACGUUCAUUAAGCAAUAAUGAUGCAUUAAAUUAUUUACGUAUAAAAUACUAAAUAUGUUCUCCAGACCUAACGACGGUCGCGGCUGGUUGUGCGUGCACGUGUAUUGGUUUAACGUAACUGUCUUGUGUACGUAACGGUUAUUUACAGUGACAAGUCUUGGUCGAUUUAAAUUGAAUUUUACUCAUUGUUGUAUUGACAAGCGCGUUUCGUUGGUUAUUGUUUACAGACUGAGUCAGCCGAGCGUGGCCGGGUUUAGCUAGUUUAAUAUACAAGGAAAUUUCGUAGUGCUCGUGGCGAAUGCUCCACCGACGUAGCCGGGUUCGCUUUAGCUAAACAUUCAAGCUCCUUUCACAAAGUUAGCUGCAAAUAAAUGGUUAAAAACCUUUCAACUAUUGACAAUGGUCCAUCAACGACCAGAUCUUUGAAUAAUUAUUAUAAUAAUACUGUUACAUAUUUCUUGCGUAAGAUGGCAAUCGAAUGGGGCCAGCGCCGGUAUUCAGCCAAUUAUAUAGCACCCGUCAUAUUACCCCCACUCCUAACCUAAAAAAUGUCUGACAUAUUAGAAAUCAGAAGCGGAUUUAUUUAUUUAAAAAAGCACAGAUUUAUUAUCUAAACAAUAAAUCUUGUCUAAACAAAAGGGAGAAACCAGAACAAGGCUUAGCUAAUUAGUUAUUAAAAUAUAUGAAGCUUGAUGGCUGCACAUAAUAAAUAAAUUAAGUAGCAAUAUUUACAAAGUUAGUUGUCAUUUGAAAGUUAUAUAUCAUAAAUAUGUUGAGUUAUGUUAGAAGUAGGUACAGGAAUUGAUAGUAAAUAACAUUGGUCGAUUAUCAACGAAUUAGAGGCAUAUAUAUAUACAAAUAUGUAUAACGCCAGUUAGUAACUCCCAUUGCAGAGCAAACAUCUCCUCUCGUGCGGAGACUGAACAAGAGUUAUAAUAAAUACUGUUGGUAUAAUAAUAUAUAUUGUUAAUUUUAACUUGCUGUAAUACGGAACCCUCGGCCUUAGAAUUUGAGAAUGUUUGAUUCUACCGUCGUUAUUUAUUAAGAAAUUAGCUAUGUUGUUAUCGAGGAAUAUACAGUUGACGUGUAAUCGAAUUCACCCCGAUCUAACGUCUACAAAACGUACGUUACCGUGUUGCUAUGCUGAUUAAUUCUGUAAGUCGUAAGGAUCGUUAACGUAUGUAUAUUGUUAAACUACAUGCCCAAAGUAAAGCAUUCACACCAUGUUCUACAAUUACCAAGUUUUUACUUUUCUAAGCAAACCUACUCCGCUCAUUCAAGACAAAACUUUCUGGAGUAAUAAUAUAAAAAAAAACUAAAUCGGCUUUACAGAAAUGCUCUCAAAUUAAGUGAAUAAAUGAAAUCAACGUAACCCAUUCCGAAACUUGGCUUGUAAUGAGAAGUAACUGUAAAUUGUAACAGAUUGUCAGAGCUUGGCCGCGUCCACCUCUGGCACAUUAUGUGCAAUUUAUAGUCGCAAUGCGGUCUUGCUGGAUAAUUUUUUUAUAUAUUUGUUUUUUAUCGGACAUAGUAUAAAAUACAGAUUAUUAUAAUGUUUUUGCAUAUAGAAUAUGCAUUGACACAUCUGGCAGUUAUCGUUCAAACAUGUUUGUAUUAAGUUUUAAAAAUUUAUUGAGUAGUUGGUCAUAACUUUGUUAUUUCUGUAUACAGUAAGCUUGACUACGCACCAGUAGUGACAGGCAGAAUGUGUUAUCUCAAUUAAGCAGUUGCAAAUGCAAUUUGUGUUAGCGAGGCAAAUAGCCUUUCAGACUUAAAUAAUUCUGAUUCUAGAAAAUACUUCUUGUAGACUAGUAAUUACUAUUUAUGAAAUGUUUUCACAUAUUUCUUAAAUAUACAACCCGUUUGUAGGGCAACUCAAUGAUAAGUAGAUGUAUUGAAUGUAUAUAUUUUUUCGUCAAUAAGGUUCAAUUUCACGCAUAAUAAACAAUUGAGUGAUAUAACUCUAGUUUGGGUGAGGCGAAUUCAUCUUGUUAUGUUUGAGGUUUAAUCAUGUUCACUUAGGAUCGUUGGACUUGUAUUCGACCCUAUAAAAGUUCACAAUUGGUGUCGGGGCAUGAUGGCAGUCCCCUUUUACUGGUCUGCCACUGGUGUCACAAACCUCGUAAAUGUUAAGCCAAGGUAUACCAUAAUAUGAUGUGAGUUACCCUGAACAAAGGCUUAAAGUAAACGAUAAUGAUCAAUCAUCCGGUUAAACUUUGCGAAUUUAAUAGCAUCACAUAUCUAUUAGUCUUACCAAAUACUUACAUUAAUUGCGGAGGCCUUGUCAAACCAUUGUAGGCAGUUCCCGCUUUGCAGGCAGUAAGCUCAACCCUGAGAGACGUGUGACCAGCAAACCUAUAUAAAUAAUUGAAUGAAUUUCGUUGUCGCCUGCUAGAGUUGCGAUAAGACUGUUAUGACGAUACUAGACAUAAACAUCACAAUAUUCUAUUUAUAUCAGCGAUUUUAUUUAUCGAUUGACUCCGUGUUGAGUUGCCGCAUCCAUCUUCCAUUUUUACGUACAUGUAUCACACAACUGACUUCCAGUAAAUAAAUUAAAUACAUUGAAGGUUUAUAAAGCUGUAAGACGUAGCUCGAUCCAACGUGUCCUUCAUAUUGGAAACUCGUAAUCAUUGUGAUUGGAUAUUAGCAUGUAAGGCACGGAAGACUACAGAUGUGGGCAAAGCUCGUAUAUUUUUUAUGCAAUAAUGUAAUGUUGAAGCAGAUUUGGCAAAGUCCAAGGAUUUCACGCUAUUUAUUUAUUAUUAACAGCCUUAUACCAAGCGAGAGUUCUCGAUAUGUUUUUUUUAAUCGAUCUCAUAAAACAUACUCAAACCUUUUCAUGCAUAACUAACUAUAAAUGAUUUGUUAACUCUUUAGAGUCGGAACUGUAAUGUACCUUGUUUUGUACAGGUGUAAUGUUCGUAUGUUCUCUGUGACUUUUAUAAUGCAGGUUUUAUAAUAACACAUGCAUACAGUGAACUUUAGUCGUUGUUGGGUAUAGUCCACCUUUACAUGUUUUUGUAAUUUGAUUAUGGUUGUAUUUAUGUAGUUAAUACAAAGGUUACAAGUAUGCCUGUGAUAUUAUUAAUUUCUACAUUAUAAUUAUGGUGAUGUAUUGUUGUUACUUGUAAGUCGGUGGAGCACCGAUUAACUUUGUUUUUUUUUUUGUAAACAUUACUAAACCCCAUGUUCAAAUAGUUUCGAAAACAACACCUUUCUGUCAUUAAAAUUGCCUGUGUGAUUUCUAUAUUAUUGUUCUGUAUCGCAGCUUAGAUGUAUACACGAUUAUAAAUAAUCUGUAUUUUCUAUA